AUGAAGAAGCCUGCCUGCCAGGCUGCGCGCGCGCCCAAGAAGCCCUCCAGAGCCUGCCUUGGAAAGUUCCUGAAGUCCUACAAGGGCCUCGAGGACAUACACCUGCCCCUGUUCCGGGAAGUCCAGCGCAUCGCCAAACCGCGAAGUGUAUUGUACCCUGGCAGCUACUGGCAUCUGACCGCUUCUUUGGUCUUCUGCAAAGUUCUCUACGUCGACUGCGACAGCAAGGUCGGAAGAUUCUUUGAAGAUCCGGCCCUGCUGGACUGGGUGAAGGAGCACAAGGACUACGCUUCGAUCCCAGAGAUCGACUACCGCCAGCAAACCUUCGAGAGCCUGUCUCUUGCGGAGAAAGGCUUCGAUUUGCUCAUCUCCAUGAGCGCCGGCAUCAUUUCGAAGCCUUGUGGCCGCUUUGUGAAGCGAGGAGGCUACUUUCUCGUGUCUGAUGCCCACUUCGAUGCGCGAACGACGGCGCUGGACCCGCGCUUCGAGCUGGUGGCAGUCUACAACCCUGAGACCAAGAGGCUCGAGAAGAAGGGCCUGGAGUCCUGUUUCAUGACCACCGCAGGCGAGAAGAUCUCAGCCGCGCAGGUGAAGGCCAGCAUCUCGAAGCCCAAGGGAAGCCGCGGCUUCAAGCUGAAGCGCGAGGAUUGGUUCCACCUCUUCAAGCGAGUUCGUUGA